AUGUCUUCGAAUGAUUUUAAAAAUUUGGCCUAUUAUCUACUUAUCACAAAUUAUAUUUCAAAUCAAAACAAGUUAAAACGGUUACUGGGUAAUAAUGAUGAUAAGAAAGAUUUAGAAAUGAACUCAUUGAAAAAUACUACUACUACUACUACUAUUGCAAAUGUUGCUGAAAAUAUUGGUUUUGACGUAUCAUUAGUUGGCGAUCAAUUAAUGCCCGUAUUAUUAAAAGGUAUACAACAAAGAAAGCACUACAAUUUUGUAAUGACUAUGUUAAAUCGUGACAGUCUAUUACCAGAAUCGUUAUGGCAUAAUGUUCAUCAUCAACUAUGUAAAGAUUUUAUUCGGGAACUUGAGUCUUCGCAACUCAACCUUCAUCAGUCCGCAUCUGUUGUGCCUAUUGCUCAACUUGUGAUUUCAUGUUUGGGUCGUUCAUUUAUCCUAAAUCGUAAUGUUAUUCACUUGAAUGAUAUCACAACCUCAGAGUUAUUCUACGACAACUCUACAGUUUCGUCUUUGUUUUAG